AUGGCAUCUCUUCGCGCUGGGACUCGACUCUUUCAGUCGCUGCGCUCGAGUCCGGCUCGAUUGUCCACGAUAUCGACUCGCUUCUACUCCUCUGAAAUGUCCGAUUUUUCGGACAUUGAGUCCAUGAUCGGUACACCAAACUGGUCUGUCAGGUCAUUGCUCCCGAACCCAGCAUCAAAGCCCCCUCCAUCGAUCACUCCCAAGGAACUACAUCACCUUCUCCGAAUCUCAGCUCUCCCCCAACCUGCCAACCAAGAAGAAGAACAAUCAAUGCUCGAUACACUCGAGUCCCAAAUCCAUUUUGUGAAGGAAAUGCAACUGGUUGACACCAAGGGCGUCGAACCGCUUGCUAGAAUUUGUGACGAAAGUUCUGAUGCAGUGAAGGAACACACCAUUGGCAUUGAACAACUCAAGGAAGCCCUAGCAAAGGAACAUGUGUCCGGGCGACGGAGAAAAAUCCAGCGCAUUGUAGGUGUCAAGAACGAUCGUCCUGAUGGGACAGCUUGGGAUGGAAACGCGCUGGGAUCCGCCACAAAGACGAAAGGCAAAUACUUCGUCGUUGAACUAGGCAAUUAA